AUGGCGGCGGAAUCCCACAUGUGCAGCAGCGAGAAGAAGAGAAAUCGAGUCCCGAAGGUGUUCCUCUCCGUCUGCGUGGGGAGCAGAUGAGAAGGUUCGUGAUACCCAUGGCUCACCUGGGCCACCGGGCCUUCCUCUCUCUUCUCAAGGAAACCGAGGAGGAGUUCGGCUUCCGGUUUGCUUGUUUGAAGAAAAAGAAGAAAAGAAAGGGCAAUAAGGAAGCGUAG